AAAGGAUGUUUAUAAUAUAUUAUCUCUGUUACAGGGCCCUGCUGGUACCAAAGGAUGUUUAUAAUAUAUUAUCUCUGUUACAGGGCCCUGCUGGUACCAAAGGAUGUUUAUAAUAUAUUAUCUCUGUUACAGGGCCCUGCUGGUACCAAAGGAGACAAGGGUGAACGGGGAGACCUGCAGUCUCAAGCUACCGUCAGGGCCUUAGCACGCCAAGUGUGUGAGCAACUGAUUCAGAGUCACCUGUCUCGCUACAGCUCCAUCCUGAACCAGAUCCCCAGCCAGUCAGUGUCUGUGAGGACGGUACCGGGACCUCCAGGAGAGCCCGGUCGCAGGGGUCUGCCAGGGCCACAGGGAGAGGGGGGGCCCACAGGCAGACCAGGGUUCCCUGGGACCAACGGACAGGAUGGACGACCGGGGGAGAGAGGUACAGUGUUUUUAUACAUCAUUAUAAACUGG